CGAUAAGCUCAUUUCAGAGGUUCCUAGUCCCGCAGACGCGUUCGCAGCGGUGCUAUGGCGGCAGGAAUGCCCGGGUGUGUAUUGUGGCACGACGAGAGACGUUCUACGCUCCCAAAGCAACGUUUAGACUAACAAGCAGCUCGAGCAAUAACCCACCCUAGCUUACACUAGUACUUGUAAGGGGAUCUGUCCGUAAGGUCGCGAGGGGCAGCAUCAAAGUUUUGGACGUGGGGGCUUUUUGGGCAACAGAAGCAAGAUAAGGGUCGAAGGUAUUGAUCCGCAUUUGUAAAGCUCGCUCCCGAAGCUCUUUCAAAAGCACCCAACAUACGACUUAUAUGCUGAGAGUCGUCCCAUCCCUCUUUUCAUCUUCCUUCUCUCCACCACGCACCCCGCUCCCUGUGAACAUGUCGGCCAUCACCCAAGUACCGCCAGCACCUACGCCUGCAGCCGGCGCGUCGAACCGGAAGAGAUCCGCAACCGUAGCGACCUCAUCGUCAACAGAGACAGAGGCAGCAAUAAGGACCGGCGACGAGGAGGCAAAGGUGAAGAGAAGGCGACGUCGAGUCGCCAAGUCCUGCUUCAAUUGCAGGCAAAGGAAGGUCAAGUGUGAUCGUGUCAUCCCAUGCCUGCAGUGCUGCCUUCGAGGAGAGCAAGGUUCGUGCACCGUUUCCACGUCUUUCCCCACCUCGUCUUCGAUCUCGACGUCAUCGCAAUCAGCCGCUGCUACCUUGUCGAGGUCCUCGUACAACAAUCUUUCUUUGAAGUCCUCGACGCAACGACUCGAGAAUGCUGCUCUUUCGGACGGUGAUCUCUCCAUUCCUCUAGAACGCAGUGACAAUGAUGUCUCAGACGCGUUCUGGACCCGAAGACAGGAUGGAGUGGACGAGGCGAAGGAUGAGGCAAGGUCUCUUUCAUACGCGGCCGUGGACAGGGCGUCGGCGUCCUCCUCCAGCAUGCCACCUCCUCCCCGGCCCCCGCCGCAAUCUGUGCAAACGACGUUGCCAAGUGGCGAACAAGCGUGGGCGGUUAACAUCGAAGCGAAGCUUGACAGGCUCGAGGCUCGCCUUGACCGGUUGCUGGAUUCUGUUGAAUCAUUGGAGCAGUAUCUCGUCAAGCCUCGUACUCAAUGGCCACCACCAUCUUCCAUGCAGUAUCCGUUCGCCGCCGCCGUCGACACGGCCUUUGAUUCGUCGCUGAAACCGUCUCAAUCGAUCGCGUCAAAUCAGACAUCGACAGAAUCGCCGGGAGACACGGCGCCGCUCCGGCGCUCCUCUUCUUCGACGUCGCCUCCCACUGUGCCUUCAGUCUCCGGUUCUUCAACCCUCGCCGUGUCGGCCCCAUUGAAAGUAAAUAUGCAGAAUUACACGGCCUCCAACCAUACAUCGCUACUUUUGGCGAGUGCAGGCCUUCUCAUCGACACCUCAGUCUCCCCCACCGUCCCUCAUCUUCCUGUUUCCUCCACGUUGACGACGGGCAUGGAAAAUUGGACCGAUUUACUAGGUUCUUCGAUGGCGCCCGGCAUACAUCCUUGGACGUCGGUCACCACUAGGUAGCGUGCCCUCUCAUCUUGCCUCUUUUCGGCAUUCCGCAUAUUUACACAGUUGUUGAGUUAUGUUUCCGCGGUAGUGAAGUCCAUAUCGUCGAUUUUGAAG